CUAAAACAGCCUGAUAGGGAGUGAAGGCAGUGAGUUAAAGAAGCAAAGAAUGGGGUUAAAGUAGGGAAAAGAGGAAGAAGAGUUCAUGAGUGUGUCCUAGAAUAUAGCAGCUGACGGGGGAGGAGAGCAGGAAAAGAGACAGACACAAUCAUGGCGAGCCUUCCCAAAGAGCCACCUGAGGAUCCCAAGAAACAGAGCUUCUGGAUGCCUGGGAAUUAUGUGCGUACAGUGCACCGAACUGAGCAGUCCUUUCAGGCCUGCAACGACAUUGUGGCCUGCUUCGUGGAGAGAGCAAAGGUAGAAAAGCAGUACGCCCAGCAGCUCAACCAGUGGAGCAGCAAGUGGAAGUCCAUAGUGGAUUCUCGGCCACUUUAUGGCUCCCUCAUGCGGGCGUGGCAAUGUUUCUUCACCUCCACCGAGCGUUUGUCCGCUCUCCACUCCUCCAUCUCCCAGUCGCUCAUGACAGAGGAAGGGGACCGGGUGAAGACCUGGCAGAAGGAGACCUUUCCAAAGAGAAUCUUCUGUGGGUUCAGGGAGAGCCACAGCAACAACACAAGUUUUAGUCGUGCGCAGAAACCCUGGUCCAAAAAGCUGAUGAAGCUGGAGCAGGCCCGAGUUGCAUAUCACAAGUCCUGUCAGAGGGAGCAAACAGCCUUCGACAAGGAGAAAAAAGCAAAUGAAAACACUGAGAUGAGUCCAGAGAAAAAGCAGAAAAUCACAGACGCCAGAGAGAAGGUCACAGAGGAGAAAGAAAAGGUUAGAGACCGAUACGAGAAACUGCUGGAGGACGCGACGUCCUACACGCCUCGCUACAUGGAGGAGAUGGAAGCCAUUUUUGAGCAGUCGCAGGAGGAGGAGAGGAAGAGGAUCAGCUUUCUGAAGCAGGCCUUCCUCUCCAUCCACAGACAUCUCGACAUCACCAACAACGAGAGUGUGAAGGCGGUGUACAGCGAGCUCCACCACACUCUGAUGUCCAUUAAUGAGCAAGAGGAUCUCAAAUGGUGGAAGAACAACCACGGGCCUGGCAUGCCCACAGACUGGCCCAAGAUUGACGAAUGGGUCCCACCCGUAAAAAAGUUAAAUAGAAAGAAGAGAGACCAGAAAAGAAAAGGGAGCCGACCUGUGAUGAUUGGGGGAGUGAAGGUGCGAGCUCUGUACGACUACGUGGGAGAGGAGGGUGAUGAGCUGUCCUUUAAAGCAGGUGAAAUGUUCCUGAAGGUGGAGGAGGAAGACGACCAGGGCUGGUGUCGAGGAGUGCUGAGCGGAGGAAAGGAGGGCUUCUACCCCGCAAACUACGCUGAAGUUAUCUCUGAGUGACAUCACGCUAAUAUACUAUGUCCUAAACUUAUUUCUCACAAAGACUUUUCAAAUCUUUUAAAAAAUAACAAUUAUUAUUAUUAUUAUAUGAGGUGACAUUGACUCUGAGUCAGAUAUAAUCUGUUCCCAAAUGUAAAAUUUGUUAAAGCCUUAAUAUUCUAACCUUCUUUGGUUUGAGCACUUUUGCCAUAUGAAUUAACUUAUCAGAGACUAAAUGUCUGUAUGUGUAAAUGUGUGAGUGUGAAUUUGCAUGCAUGUGUGCACCUUAAGAGAACAACAGAGGAUAUUUAUUUACUGCCGUCAUGUCUGAGUCAUUAGGUCACUGUAAAGAAGAUAGCUGAUAAAGAAACAUGAGGUUUACAAUCAUUGGAGCACACCAGGUUAAUGUUUACUUUUAAGUAUUAUGCAGAGGCACAGAGACGUCACUUUGACUGAGGGAAUGGAUUUUCAAAAUAAAAGUGUAAUUGUUUUGCCUCUAAUUCAUCUUGUUAAUAAUUUAUUUGUUGCAUGGUACUAUCGAUGAAAGGUAAUGUUGGUCAGUUGGUUGACUGACCAAACUUACCACUAUUACUGCCUUGAACCUGAUGUCAAAGUCCAAGAAUCAGGUAACAAAUAUUUCAGAACUUACCAUAUACUGCUAUGGCUUCCCUUACUUUUCGACCAGCUUUCUCCAUUUUUUUUUGUUUCAGUACCGAAAGUGAGUCGUAGAACUCUGAUUGCAACAAUAACUUUGUCCUCCAUUUGUGAUUUUUGGUGAUAUCAGGAAAAACGCAACAUAACCAAAUACAAAUUUCAACUUGAGAAGACAUACUUACAUCACCUAGGGAAAAUUUGCAUCUAUAAGCGUCAUUGCAUUGACUUUGUAUUUAAUUGUGCUGUACAACAAUUAACUUCAUAUUAGUCUGAAUAGUUUAUAAAAUAAAAUAAAAACAUA